UUUGCCAGCAGCAACAACAACAAGUCAGCUGGACAACCGAAGAUAAUGUAAACUCAGCUUACACACAAAAAAGCAGUAAAAUAUAAAAUACAAAAAUUAACAGCUGCGUUUAUCUAUAGAUAUAUAUACACACACAUCUAUAUAUUUGACUAAGCGUUCGAUUUGAAUCAAAAUUAUAGCCCAAGCUAUCAGCUACCCCCACAAGCUUUGUACUCCACAAAAACGCUAACGAGCAAAAUCGAUAAAGACCAGAAAGCAAAUGAAAUCAUACCAUCUGCCAUAGAUCUAUGCUAUAAACAUAUAUAGGUGCGCUGAUCUGUGCUCUUGAACUUAGUGUUUUUUGUGUGUGCGUGUCGCGAGAGGAGCACCCAAAACCAAACAAAAAACGUAUAGUAAAACAAUAAGAAGCAAAAAAAAAAAAACAUUAUCUAGUCGCUAGGCUAUAACUAUACAAACUCCAGCUAUCCCAGAUCCAGAUCCGUAAACAGCAUAUAGUUAUAUAUCUAUAACCCCAAAAUACGAUGGCCAACGUUGUCAAUAUGAACAGCCUGCUCAACGGCAAGGACUCGCGCUGGCUGCAAUUGGAGGUCUGUCGCGAGUUCCAGCGCAACAAAUGCUCGCGCCAGGACACCGAGUGCAAGUUCGCCCAUCCCCCGGCCAACGUGGAGGUCCAGAACGGCAAGGUCACCGCCUGCUACGACAGCAUCAAGGUCAGUACUCCCACCCCCAUGUUAAACCGUACUAGAAACACCUACCCUCAACCCUCUAUUGCUUCGUGUGACUCGUAGACCGUAAGCUUUAAG